GAGGAGAGGGAGAGAGCCAGCGAGGAUCGUCUCGUAUGAGUUGCUGGCAGCCGGGAGCCCCGCGAGGAAAGCAGACCAGCUAGGAAAGCGAGGGAACUAGAGGGAGUAGGGGAGACCGAGACUGACCGGUAGCCAGGCAGGCAGGCAGACGGACCCACGCCCGGAUAAACAGACCGAACAGGCGCCGGAGAACCUCGCCCUGGUUCCUCCCGCCAUUCCCUUUGAAAGCCAGUAUUUUGCCUUUUCCGUGGCGCCCGAGAGAGAAUGCUGGACUCUGCGGACUUAAGCGCAAGCUAAGAUUUUUCAGCUAGGGAAGAAGAUCAGCUCAGUCUUGAGAAGGGGGGAAGCAAGCUUCCCUGUCCCCACCCCUCCCCUUUGCCCCCCUUACCAAACUCGGGCGCCAAACCCAGCCCUUCCCUAACCACCCGACUUCCUCCUCUCCUUUCUAGCAUGGUAGCUGUAUGGACAGUCUGACAGAACAGAGACUGACAUCUCCCAAUCUGCCGGCCCCCCAUCUGGAACACUACAGUGUUCUGCAUUGCACCAUGACCCUGGAUGUGCAAACUGUAGUCGUUUUUGCCGUGAUUGUAGUUCUCCUGCUUGUCAAUGUCAUACUCAUGUUUUUCCUGGGAACGCGCUGAAUGGAGUCCAGCCACCUGAGCUGUUGCGAACUCUCGCUUUGAUUUCAUCCCGAGAACCACCGAGAAAAAAAUAAAAAAUCAAGAGAGACAGAAACAGGGAAAGAGAGGGAGAAAAAGCAAGCUUUCUUAAUCGGGGGGAAAACGUUUUGAGCUUCAACAUGGCCUCGCUGUGAUAUGUAUGACGUUGCUGAUCACUGGAGAUUCCAUCGUUAGUGCUGAGGCAGUAUGGGAUCACGUCACCAUGGCCAACCGGGAGUUGGCAUUUAAGGCUGGCGACAUCAUCAAAGUCUUGGAUGCUUCCAACAAGGAUUGGUGGUGGGGCCAGAUCGACGAUGAGGAGGGAUGGUUUCCUGCCAGCUUUGUGAGGCUCUGGGUGAACCAGGAGGAUGGGGUGGAAGAAGGGCCCAGUGAUGUGCAGAAUGGGCAUCUGGACCCCAGCUCAGAUUGCCUCUGUCUGGGCAGGCCACUACAGAACCGGGACCAGAUGCGAGCCAAUGUCAUCAAUGAGAUCAUGAGCACUGAGCGUCAUUACAUCAAGCACCUCAAGGACAUUUGUGAGGGCUACCUGAAGCAAUGCCGGAAGAGAAGGGAUAUGUUCAGUGAUGAGCAAAUGAAGGUAAUCUUUGGAAACAUUGAAGACAUCUACAGGUUUCAGAUGGGCUUCGUGAGAGACUUGGAAAAACAGUACAAUAAUGAUGACCCCCACCUCAGCGAGAUAGGACCCUGCUUCCUGGAGCACCAAGAUGGAUUCUGGAUAUACUCUGAGUAUUGUAACAACCAUCUGGACGCCUGCAUGGAGCUCUCCAAACUGAUGAAGGACAGCCGCUACCAGCACUUCUUUGAGGCCUGUCGCCUCUUGCAGCAGAUGAUUGACAUUGCUAUUGAUGGUUUCCUUUUGACUCCAGUGCAGAAGAUCUGCAAGUAUCCCUUACAACUGGCUGAGCUCCUCAAGUAUACUGCCCAGGACCAUAGUGACUACAGGUAUGUGGCAGCUGCUCUGGCUGUCAUGAGAAAUGUGACUCAGCAGAUCAAUGAGCGCAAGCGGCGUUUGGAGAAUAUCGACAAGAUUGCACAGUGGCAGGCUUCUGUCCUAGACUGGGAGGGAAAGGACAUCCUAGACAGGAGCUCGGAGCUGAUCUACACUGGGGAGAUGGCCUGGAUCUACCAGCCCUAUGGCCGCAACCAACAGCGGGUCUUCUUCCUGUUUGACCACCAGAUGGUUCUCUGCAAGAAGGACCUGAUCCGGAGAGAUAUCCUAUACUACAAAGGCCGCAUUGACAUGGAUAAAUAUGAGGUAGUCAACAUUGAAGAUGGCAGAGAUGAUGACUUUAAUGUCAGCAUGAAGAAUGCCUUCAAGCUUCACAACAAGGAAACAGAGGAGAUACAUUUAUUCUUUGCCAAAAAACUGGAGGAAAAAAUACGCUGGCUUAGGGCCUUCAGAGAAGAGAGAAAAAUGGUACAAGAAGAUGAAAAAAUAGGCUUUGAAAUUUCUGAAAACCAGAAGAGGCAGGCUGCAAUGACUGUGAGAAAAGUCCCUAAACAAAAAGGUGUCAACUCUGCCCGCUCGGUUCCUCCUUCCUACCCGCCACCACAGGACCCGUUAAACCAAGGCCAGUACCUGGUCCCUGAUGGCAUCGCUCAGUCGCAGGUCUUUGAGUUCACUGAACCCAAGCGCAGCCAGUCACCAUUCUGGCAAAACUUCAGCAGGUUAACCCCCUUCAAAAAAUAAUACCUACAGGGAGGCAGAUAAUUUUAAAAUAAAGUAAAUAAUAUUAUAUUUAUAGAUGGACAUUUUUUCGGAGAAGCACUGUUGAAAUUUAUAUAUGUAUGCAUAUGUAUAUACAUAUACAUAUGCAUAUAUAUGUAUGUAUGUGUGUGUGUGUAUACAUACAUACACAAACACACACCCUUACCCUUGAUUGUACACACACAGACACACACACACACCCUUACCCUUGAGUACAUACACACACACCACAGAGAAGGACCAAAAAUGUUUUAUGUUGUUUUGGGGAAAUGAAAUCUAUAAUUGAUAAGAACAGAUAUCAGUAAUUUCCAGACGUGUUGAUCCCUUCUUAAAAUUUUUCUGUUCUAACCGUGUCCCCCUCCCCUUUAUUUUCAGAAACUGACAUUUCUAUUUGUUCCUUUUCUCAUUGUGAUCUCUUUGCUCCCCUGUGAGUGACUAAUUGACUUAUCAUUAUUACCAUAGAUGUGUUUGUGGGGUUUUUUUUCUUUUCUGAUGAUACUGAUACUGAUGACUUUUGGAUUUAAUUUGAUGUGGUUGAAGUUUGGGAGUUUGGAAUUUCUUUUUCCCUUUGUUCACUGCAUAAAGGGCAGAUCCCCUUUCUCUUCUUCCUAAGCUGACCAUCUACAAAUGUUCUACAGCCCUGCAGUUGCCCCAGACAGCCUUUUCUCUGCAUCUUCUGUCCCCACUCAUGCCAGUCUGGACAUGCUCUGUUGUGCCCUAUGACAUAACUGCUCAAUAUUUCUAUUGCUUUUUGUAGAGGGGUCAAAACUAAACAGAAGCAAGGGAGUGUCAGAGUAUAAUGAUGCUAGAGAGGACUUCUGUUCAGGGAACAUUCUGCAUUUGGGCUGUUUCUUCUCCUAGGACUGGGAGGUCCCAUGCUGUAGCACUGUGGGUCAUGACAGUUUUGUAUCUGGGGUUGUUUGGGCAAAUUAUCUCUUCUUCAAGCUGCCUUGGUUAUGGUGUUCCUUCUAGGCCUGUCCCUCCCCUAACCUAAAAGAUCUGAACCGGGAGCAAAAAGGCUGAGACUCUACCUUCUGGGGGAGUGACUCAACUGCCUCUACCACCAAUUAGAAUAAAGGUGGGGCUCCUCACUGCAAUCAGUUUGGGGGCCUGUUUAUCCCUGCUUCCAUUUGCAGAUUGUUUAGGCAGCAUUAUUGAUAGGAAUCUAUGGAGGGGUCAAGACAGAGCCCACCUGAUCGUCAUCAGCUGCCUUCAAGUUAUUGACCUGGACGGGAUCCAAGGCUGACAAUAACCUAUUAUAGGAAAGAACAGGGAUGGGCAUGGCAAGAGACAGCCUUAGCCCAAUAUACGUACCUGCAGUUCCCACCACUCAAGUUAUGUGAAACUUCCCCUGUUAGCAGAUUGCAUGGACAAUCUUCCAUGGCUCCUUCCUUCCCUUUUCCCUGUCUUCCUUCUUUCUUCUCCCCUGGCACAGGAAGACUGCUGGGAUUGGCAUAGUUAAAGCAUUUCUAGCACUCAAAGAAUGUCAUUUCUAACAUUCUCCCAUCUCAGGACAUUUGUAACAAGUAAGCAAGGAAGUCAAGGGGGACCUUCCCUGUGGAGAAAGUAUCUGAGAUAGAGAUCCAACCCUCAGGUUCAUUUUUUGCAGGCUUUACACUGGGGAAAAAGUAACUUCUCACAGAAAAAUGCAGGCUCUCUGUGGGUAUAGGAGUACCUACCUGUUCUUCCUUCCCACAUGGCCCCUUGGUGAAUAGACCUUGAACAGCAAGGUGAAAGGAAUACAAAGGAGUGAGGAUAGGCCCUGAUAUAGAGAGCGACUUUAGCAAAGAAUCUAGAGAUUUUGAGUCUGUCCUGGACUCCAUGGGAGAAAACUUCAUCAUAAAAGGACCUCAGCUUUCUAAGCAGCAACCAUGGCUACAUGGGGUCCUCAGCAUAGUUGGCUUGAUUGCUGCUCUGUGCCUCCUGACCCAGACCAGGUCCUGCCCAGCUUGGGAAUUUUCCCUCUGUGGAAAUCCAAUUACAAGCUAUUAAAAUUUCUAUCCCAUCACACCCCAAUCAGACUUGUGGAGUAGGCCAAAGGUAAGUCUGAGCUGUGCAGAGGGCUAGGACUCAGAACUGGCCACCACUACUCAGCAAAUGACCCACCUACUUAUGCCCUCUUGGGAAAGAACCUGGUACCCAGUGCCUGAGCUAAAAUAGCCUCCCUGUCAAACAAUGUAUUUCAAUGGCUGUGUAGGUGUUCCUUGAGUAUACAUCCUUUUCCUAAUUUUCAUUCCUUCCCACUAGGCUUGACCUUGACAUGUUUCUCCAGGGACUGGCAGCACACCAAGAGAGGGUGCUUGGAGAAGUCCCUGGACCUAUUAAUAUCUCUUAGCCAAGCUCACUUCUCUCCCCUCAACCCCACUCCACUGGGCCUGUCCCCAGACCUUCAAGAUCAGGGAUAUCACCUCCUGCCACCAACCUCUCAUCUAUAUGCCAAUGACUUGUGAAAAAAAGAAAUCAGUUCACCAUUGGUUACAGUGUUCCCCCAGCCUAUGGCAGCAACCUCAAGGGGAGCUCCAUUACCUGGACUUGCGGUCCAAGCCUAUUCUUGUGUUCCCAUAGCAGUGCUAUCCCAAAGAAUUAUUUAAAUUGCCUCUAUUUCUGCAUGGCUCUGAGCUCCCCUUUUGUCAACUCAGUGAGGCCUGGAUUUGCUCAUCAAAGGCUUUGCUAGUGUAUUCUAUGGGCCCUGCUGUGGGAUGGUCCUAAAAUAGAAAACCAGCCCCUCUGUCUCUUUCCUUCUCUCCCUUUCUCUCUAUGUGUAUAUCUCUAAGGAAAGAAACAAAGGAGUUAUAACAAUUGUAGUGUGAAGCCAAAUAGUGAUCUUUUAGUGCUUUGAGGAUGGGGUAGGCUGGGGUGGAUGGAUGGGCAACAGUGAUUUUGAUUACCCCUUCUGCUCUGCAUAUGCCAGUUUAUUAUUUCAUUUCUUUUGUUUGACCCUGUCAAACAAUUGUCAAAGUUGUGUGUUUAAAAAAAAUGUUUAACAACAAAAAUAUGAUGUUGUAAUGACACAAAGCCUUAUUAAAAUAUUUAUGGAGUUCAAUAAAAGAAGUAAAAAGACA